CCAAACAUCACUCUCACAUCCACACCCUCAUCCAAACUUUUCAUUCUCAGCCGCGAUAUAAUUUCUCACCGUGGACCAGACCCGUCCCAAUGGCACCUGCCCGAGCCGUCGUCGGGCAAUAUGACCCAUGUGGGCAAAUCCCCCCACUAGUUCUAGAUCGCAUUUCCACCGCCCAGUCCAUUCCACCCAAUCACCACAUGUCUUUCCCGCAAUUUUUGCUUGAAUCCCUGUCACCAUUACUUUCUUUUUCUUCUGCUGCCCCGCUAAUCACAUCUACUAGUAGGGAGCCCAGGUAGGAGAUAAGAUCCCUUUGCCCUCGACAACAACACCACCUCUUUUUCCGCUGUUGAUUGAUAUCGUGAGAUUUCAAUGCGCCUCGUGAGAAUAUCAUAGGCAUUCCAGUAAGCGACUUGAAGUCUUUGCGCUUACUGCAUACGAGGGGAGAGAAAGACUUCACUUCACGGCUUGUCGAUCGGAAUUGUUAUCGCAUCACGGUUGCAUACCGCAUUUCUAUGAAUUUUUGAUUUUCAGCUCUUCCAUUUGAUUGAACAUUUGUUCGACGGGAAUUGACACGAUCGAAUACCAGUUACCACGGCUUCGGAACAGGAAACUCCUCUUCUUGUAUAUAAUUCUGACUCCGAGUCUGAGGCGCAUCCAAGAGGACCAGAGGGAGACCACGAUAAGAUAGCGAAGACGAUGGCACAAACGGGGGAGACAUACAAGGGCGUGGACGAGUUGCUAGGUAACAAUGGAGGAAAUAAUACUGUGGAAAUAAGGGCCGAAAGAAGUGAGGACGAUGUCAAUCCAGAGCUUUUGGCGAGUGGAAUGGAGAGUUUGGAGAGGAAGAAUACGCAUUGGUAUUCGUAUUUGAAGACGAGGGAAUUCUGGAUUGUGUUGCUUAUUGGGUGGGUCGACCUCACACUGCUGUGGGAACUCUUGGUUGGACAAAUAUGCUAAUGUUUGAAUAGGCAAAUUCUUGCUCUUUGCAUCACUGGUACCAAUACCUUUUCUUCCCUCCUCGUCAAUAAAGGCACAUCGAUUCCUGCUUUCCAAACCCUAUUCAACUAUAUACUCCUCACGAUUAUCUACGCCACCUACACACUCUUCAAAUAUGGACCCAAGAAAUACUUUAAGCUUUUCUUGGUCGAUGGCUGGAAAUAUGCGAUCCUGAGUUUCUUGGAUGUAGAAGGAAACUAUUUUACCGUCCUGGCAUACCGUUAUGUUCGUCUUCUCUUUCCAAAGGUCAUGAUUUAGCCAACUAACAAAAAAAUAGACCAAUCUUCUCUCCGCUCAAUUGAUCAACUUCUGGUCCAUUGUCUGUGUAGUCAUUAUCUCUUUUUUACUCCUAAAAGUCCGCUACAAGCCUUUCCAGAUAAUCGGGAUAUUGGUUUGUUGCGGAGGAAUGGGACUUCUCAUCGGUUCCGAUGCCAAAACAGGUGGUACCGGUAGUGCAACACCCACAAUGGUAAAGGGAGACCUAUUUGCUGUCGUAGGCGCAACAUUUUACGGAAUCACCAACGUCUUUGAAGAAUGGUUUGUCUCGAAACGACCAGCAUACGAAGUUCUAGGAAUGCUUGGUCUCUUCGGUAUCAUCAUCAAUGGUGUCACUGCUGCCAUUUUCGAUCGAUCGUCUUUCCAAAAUGCUACUUGGGAUGGUGAGGUAGGAAGUUAUGUCGUUGGAUAUACACUCAUCCUCUGCCUUUUCUACUCCUUGGCUCCUGUCAUGUUCCGCAUGUCUUCUGCUGCUUUCUUCAACAUCUCGCUCCUUACCGGAAACUUCUGGGGUGUCAUCAUUGGAAUCAAGGUUUUCGGACUGACGAUUUACUAUCUUUACCCGAUUGCGUUUGUGAUGAUUAUCCUGGGAUUGGUAUGCUACUUCCUGGCCGGUAGUGUAUUGGGUGAUAGUAGGAAGCCUUGGCUGGGUGCUAACCAGGAGGCUGGAGUUGUUGGAUUGGGAACGGCGAAGGCGAAGGCUGUCAGAGAAGCGAGAAGUAAAGGGCUUGUUGGGACGGGGGUUGCGGUUCAUGUCUGAAUGGUUUGAUGAAGGUUUUGAUGAAAAUGAAGAUUUCAAUGGGGAAUGAGAUAGUUAAUGAGAUUUAGAAUAGGAGAGCAGUCACGUCAACAAUGUAUAAUGGUAUUCUAUC